AUGCAAGACUGCUGGCGGCUUGGCCUUGCUGCAAGUUUAUCUGUCGGCAUGGGCCUGCACACAUUCUCCUCGUAUGACGCGCUUCCUGUCGAUGUUGCCGAGCAUCGGAAGUGUGUCUUUUACUCAGUGUACAUGAUGGAUCGACAGCCCUUUGCCGACGCCGACGACGAAGACAUCGAUGCUACGGGCAUUCGCCAGCGUAACCCCCUUCGGCCCUCCACCAUGGCAGUCCCCUUCUACCUGCUCCGCCUGCGCCAACUGUCCAGCAAGAUUGUCAAAUCCGUCUACUCCAACAAACGCAACGCCAACAUGUCCAUCUCUGAGCGCGAAGCCAUCAUCUACUCCCUCCACCGCGAACUCCUCGACUGGCGCCACAGCAUGCCUUUCCCUUUGCCCGACACGCACCCGCAGGUGCCCCAUCUCAGCAGUAACUGGUAUUACUUCAACUACUACAUGCAGGUCGCUAUGCUGUACCGCCCGUCGCCGCUGUUCCCGACACUCGACCAGGCCCGCGUCGAGACGCUGGGUGAUGCCGCCGGCAAAGCAAUUCGAGAAGCCAUUAUGAUGCACCGACAGCAGCGGUUUGCGUACAACUGGUUGAAGCUGCUGGCGCUCUUCACGUCGACGCUGUCGCUGACCUAUGCAACGACGGCAAGGCUGGAGAAUCUGGCGGUAGUGUUGAGGGAGAGCAAAGCGAUCGAGACGCUGCAGCUUGCGAUCGAGCCGUUUGAUACAUAG